AUUUGUAGAGUUUUUACGUGGGAGAAAAUUAUUCAGCAACAAAAAAAACCAAUAAAGACGUAUCUUGAGAAAGGUGGCAAACCAAACACCCAAUCCAACGGCCAACACAACCCAUUACUUCAUGAUUACGGUGUCGUUUACUAAAGCAUGCUCGUAUGAAUUCGUCAAGUUUAAGAUUUAGCUGAUUAGGAUUUUAAUAAACCUGUUUUUAAAACCUUUGAAAUCCGCUAUUCCUAAUCUGGGGUUUUGGUCUUCAGCUUCUGUUUGGUUCUAACGUAUGAACUAAGUUUGCAGGUUGGAAACUCACUGGUUUGGGAUUUAUUAUCUAGAGUCGGUGGUGGUUUGGAAUCGAUUUCUAUUUUGCAUAUCCCAAAGAGAAUUACUACCAAUUUUUUGAGAUGACCCUUGAUAGGAGCAGAAGCCCAGCACGGGCUAAGAGGUUUCGAAGCGGUGAACGGGCAUCCUAUCGUGAUGCACCUUAUCCAAGGGACCGUCGUACUUACCGGCAAGACUAUCUGUGCAACAAAUGUAAGCGACCUGGGCAUUUUGCUAGAGAUUGUCCAAAUGUGACCGUAUGCAACAACUGUGGACUUCCUGGGCACAUUGCUGCUGAAUGCAACUCGACAACUAUGUGUUGGAACUGUAAGGAGCCUGGACAUCUAGCGAGCCAAUGCCCCAAUGAUCCAGUGUGCCAUAUGUGUGGUAAGAUAGGUCACUUGGCUCGCGAUUGCACGAACCCUGGUCUUCCAGCUCAUGAUGCAAGGCUGUGCAACAACUGCUACAAGCAAGGACACAUUGCUGCUGAUUGCACCAAUGAGAAGGCCUGUAACAAUUGCCGUAAAACUGGUCACCUUGCUCGUGACUGCCCCAAUGAACCUGUGUGCAACAUCUGCAACAUAUCAGGUCACGUGGCCCGUCAAUGCCAUAAGUCAACUUUGACAUCUGAGAUAGGAGGUCCUUUCCGUGAUAUCGUUUGCCGCAAUUGUGGUCACCCUGGCCAUAUCAGCCGUGACUGUGUUUCUAUUGUCAUCUGCACGAACUGUGGUGGAAGAGGCCACCAAUCUUUUGAGUGCCCUUCUGGUCGAAUGUUUGACCGUGGCCUACGUAGGUAUUGAGCACCUUGUGGGUAGGGUUUAUUCUGAGGUUAUUACUUACUGAAUAUUGAGUCAUGAUACAUUGUGAUUAUAGAUUGACUGAUUAUAAAUGAGAGAAAUAGUAGUUGUCUGUCUCCCUUUUGAAUUUGAA